UCACAAAUUAUCACCUUGAACAACUUCAAUUUACCUGCAAACCACUUGUUCUAUGUUUUCUCAUCAAUAUUAAUUACUACUCACACAAGAAACCAAUAAUCAACAUGGAAACCAAACCAAAAGUCACUCAGAAAUGGAUGCUAUGCACAUUUGUUAGCUUCAUUAGCUGCUUCAUUUUCUUGCUAUGCCAGCACGACAAUGAGGCGGGGCAUUUCAGGGCUAUACAAAAUGCCAUGUUCAACAUGGCAUCGUCUUUAGAUGAUAGCUUUUCCCCUUCUGAAAAUUUAGAAAUCUCGAAACCAGCUAGAAGCAGAGAAGAUGACGGAGAUAUAAUACAGAAAAACAGCAAGAACAAGUGCAACAUAUUUGAGGGAAGAUGGGUUUACAAUCCAAUGGAGAGCCGAUAUUAUGAAGCACCACAAUGUCCAUUCCUUAGUGAACAAGUGAGCUGCCAGAAGAACGGAAGGCCUGAUUUUGAUUAUGAAAAUUGGUCAUGGGAAGGUCAUGAUUGUGUGAUCCCAAGCUUCAAUGGCAGAGAUAUGUUGAAGAGGCUUAGAGGCAAGAGGAUCAUCGUAGUUGGAGAUUCCCUAAACAGGAACCAAUGGGAAUCUCUCGUGUGUCUUCUUUAUUCUACAAUUCCUCCUUCAAGAGCCCAUCUUGAUUAUAGCAGUGGCUCCUAUAAAGUCUUCAAAGCUAAGGACUACAACGUUACUGUAGAGUUCUACUGGGACCCAUUUCUUGUCCAGUUCGACUCGAAUAAUGCUGGUGCACCUAAAAUUUUGAGACUGGAGACAAUCGAUUUAUCGUCUAGGCGUUGGCAAGGAGCUGACAUCAUGGUGUUCAAUACAGGCCAUUGGUGGGGGCAUCUUGGGAAGUUCAAGGCGUGGGACUUAUUCGAGUACAAGGGAAAAUUAGUUGAUGAGCUGAAGUUAGAAUCAGCAUUUGAGGUUGCAAUGAGAACCUGGGCAAAUUGGAUAGAUCAGAAUGUUAACUUGACCAAAACAACAGUUUUCUUCAGAAGCAAUUCCCCAGAACACAAAACUGAAAAUGGAUGUUACAAUAAAACGCAACCGAUCACAGAUACAUCACAUGUAUUACAUUUUUCUGAGUCCCUGACAAAGAUUGUUGAUAAAACAUUGUCAAAAAUGAGAAUCCCUGUAAGAUACUUAGACAUUACCAAGCUCUCAGAGCACCGUUUAGAUGCACAUCCAUCAGUUUAUAACAAAAUGAAAGGACCAGAACUGAUGAACAGAAAAUUAAAGCCACCAGAGAGUUAUGCUGAUUGUAGCCAUUGGUGCCUGCCUGGACUGCCUGAUACAUGGAAUAGGCUACUAUAUGCAUCCCUGGUUUUGGAUCACCCCAUUGAUUCCCCGAGUCUCACACAUUUGGUUUCUUGAAAAUAAGAGAUUUACCAUCAGCAGGCUUAGGGAUGUUCAUUUGGCUUUACAUUGUUCGAUUUCAGUUUCUCGAUUUUGUACAAUACAAUCUGAACCAAAAUAAGUUUGGUUUGGUUUGGUUUUUCUCUUUCUGGUUCGGUUUUUUUCUAUUUGGUUAUUCGGCUGUGCCAUAUAAAAUAAUUAAUAUAACCGAAUUGUUAUA